UACGCAUGAGAAACUGAAAAAAAACAGUCAAAUAGAUGAAAAAGACCUUGUUUUGGGAUUUGCUCAGUUUCCAAUGACACUUAAAAGAUAUCCAACAAUGUAAACAUUUAAUACUAUGUUCCAGGUUGUUUUUAAGACAUAGUAUACUGUAAUAAAAGGAGUCCUUGCAUAUCAGAUACCGACACUCAUUGUCACCAGUCACUACCCACCGUCAUACUUUUUCUCUUUCUCAUUGUUUGUCUAGAUAUCUCCAUUUUCUCUAGCUCUCUUGCUCUCUUUGAUUUCAAGUUCAACCAUCUUUAAUCUUGCAUAUAUCAUGGCUCCUUUAAUUUGGCUAGUGCUUCUCUUGGCAAUGAGUGGCCAUUCAAGUGCUACUUAUUGCUUAUGUAGAGAUGGAUUGAGUGAUCAAGCUCUCCAAAAGACCCUGGAUUAUGCUUGUGGAGCUGGAGCUGAUUGUACUGCAAUCCUCCAAAAUGCUGCUUGCUAUAAUCCCAACACUGUGAAAGAUCACUGCAACUAUGCUGCCAAUAGUUAUUUCCAAAGGAAAGGUCAAGCUACAGGAAGCUGUGAUUUUUCUGGCACUGCUGCCAUUAGUGCCAACCCUCCUGCCAAUAUUCCUUCUACUUGCAGCUAUCCCUCAAGUAGCACAGGCACAACCACAACCACCACAACAACUGGAACAACCACAGGGACAACCACUGGCACAACCACUGGGACUCCUACAGUUUUUGGCGGUGGCACCACCCUUGGCCCAACAGGAACAACAACCAUCAAUGAUCCAAGUGUUGCUGUGGCUCUCUUCAGAACCACUAACAACAUUUUCUUCACUCUUAUCAUGACCCUUUGCAUUGUAGGGUUGUAUCGGAUAUGAAGAUGUAGUACAAACUAGAGGAAGAAAAGGAGGAAUGGGUGGUGUUUGAUGUGUGGAUGAGAUUUUGCCAUGAUGGUAUUAUUAACAUUGGUGUAUGUAGGGAUCAUCUAAUAGAGGCAAACACCCCCACUAGGACUUUUUUUCCUUUGUCUUUCUUUUUUGUUUCAUUCCUCCUCCUUGCCUAUGUGAAAAAAAGCUUUGGAAUUUCAUGCCCUUUUGAGUGGUGAUAUGACUGCCAUUGCUGUAGUAGAAGAACCUGGUCACUACUUUUUGGAUUUUCCUCUGUAUAUCUAAAGAUAGGGCACUGUUAUUUAAUGAGAAUUUGUUUAAUGAAAACUACUUCUGCUAUCCAUUGUUAAUGUACUUUGUUCAUUUCAAGCCUCAAUAAGUGGACUGGUGUUUUCUUUUUGAAUUGGUGGAUAGUGAUGUAUCAUGGUCAAAACUGAG